AAAUAGAGAGCGUGAACGGCAAACGAUAAGGAUAGUAGGAGUACUGUACACUUUUCUUAAUAUUAAUAAUAAUUGUUGAUGCCGCCACUAUGGCUGUUGAUGAUGUGAGACUCGUCUUUGCAUGUGGCAACCGUGGCCUAUUAGUGUAUUCAAUCAAUGACAAGUCACAGGCGAUCUUCAAAGAGAAGCUCGAUGACGAUUGUAAAUUUAUGGAUCAGAGUGAAGAUGGCAAGAUGCUUGCAUAUGCUAGCCGGAAGGGCAUCCAUCUGGUUGAGGUACCCUCGCUCAAACGUCUUCAGACUCUGCCAUUCGAGAAAGUGCAAGGAAUUCAGUUUUCACCUAGGGCAACCUUUCUGAAUAUUCUUACAGCGUUUCUAUGUAAACCUAACGAGCAACCAAUGCCAAAUGUUUUUAUCGUCAACUGCACCACGGGCGAAACAGUUCACUCGUAUGUACAGCGCCGGCAAACGGGCUGGGAACCACACUGGUUCGCCGACGAGGCGUAUCUAGCACGACCGUAUAACAAUACGGUUUUAUUGUAUGAACCUACUGAUUUAUCGAAACACGUUAAACAGGUCAAUAUCAAACGCGUAACUGAUAUUCGCUUGUCGCCGUCGGUAAGUAGAAAGUUCUUUGCUUGUUAUGUGCCGGCAAGCGGAAAAGGGGAACCCGCGUUCUGUAGAAUCUAUAAUAUCGAUAUCUCAAGUGAUCCAGUGGCGUCAAAAUCGUUCUUCACAUGCGACAAUGUCACGUUCAAGUGGAAUGCGAAAGGCACUGACCUUCUGAUUCUUGCCGCAAACGAAGUUGACAAAAGCAAUACUUCGUAUUACGGCGACCAGGCGUUGCAUUACGCAAAUGUUGAGGGCGACAGCUGCAUUGUUCAGUUGAAGAAGAAAGGUCCAAUCUACCAUACGGAAUGGUGCACUGACACGUUUUGCGUUGUGUACGGCUUCAUGCCAGCCAAGGCGACCAUAUUCAACCUUAAAUGCUCUCCCAUAUGGGAUAUAGAAGAGGGUCCAAGAAAUUUAGCCUACUUCAAUCCACAAGGCAACAUUCUACUGACAGCGGGCUUUGGCAACCUUCAGGGCACCGUCGAAACAUGGGAUGUCGAGCAGAAAAAACGUAUCAGUAUAAUGGAAAUACCAGAUACAACACAUCUCGAGUUUUCCGUUGACGGCAUGCAUUUUCUUACAGCUACACUUUCACCGCGACUUCGAGUCAACAAUGGCUUUAAGGUGUGGCACUACUCAGGGGCGUUAAAGAGCGAAAUUGCCUCGAGUAAGGAUGGCAAUGAAAGCUUUGACGAACUGUGGCAGAUUUGCUUAUCAAAAGAGUCAACCAAUAAAUACGCCAAGCCUACGAUUGUCUUUAAGAAGGUUGAGGGCAUUAGGCAGUCGACGCCUAAGGCGUCCAAACAAGCCUACCGGCCCCCAGGUGUUCGAGCCCUUGAAGAGGCAAAAAAGGAAGAAAACAGAAAGAAUAAAAAUAGGAAGAAAUCUAAGACUGCCAAACCAUCGGAGCCGCCGGUGGGAAAUCCUGUGAUCGAUUUUGGCUUCAGCAAACUUGACGAGGACGAUCGUAAGGCGACAGCUAUUAAGAAGAAAUUGUCACAAAUCUACGUAUUGAAGCAACGGUUAGCUGAAGGAGAGUCCCUCGACCCGGAGCAGAUGGAAAAAAUCUCUAAAGAAAAAGAAUUGUCAGAUGAACUUAAACGGCUUGAACUUUAGGUAGAAGAAUAAAGAAACUUGAAAUUUACGAUUGUCCGAUAGACUUUCUCUCACUUUCAACGAUAUCGUGUACUAUUAGGCCCAUAACGUUGUUGUGUGUUGCU